AAAAAGGUAAAGCCCCAACCUAUGGUUCGUCUCUUGCCACUUCUUUGUUGGAAAAUGCCUUCUUGGUGGGACGAACACACUCGCAAUGCGGCUCUGGUGUCCAAUGAGCGCCACUUCACAAGCAGAGCUUCACCGCCCAGAAGCAGCAAUGGCGACGACAAGAAAGAGAAGAAACUGGAGAAGCCUGCGAGCUUCGACGAUGCCGUCCCCCUCGCACGCGAUUCCCCAGGAACCAGUCAUCACGAUUCUCAUGUUUUUCCCGCUAAAUCUUUUGAUGGGUCGUCCGACCUUUUGGGAUUCACGAGUUCACCGUCAAAUGUGGGGAAAGGGGUAAUUGAGGAGAAGAGACAUUAUCCUCUGCCUGUGCCCGCUGGUUCUUUCCAACCGAGGGUUGCUGGGUCUUGCUCCGAAUUGGUGUCCUGUUCAAAUUCUAGCUCAUCUGGGUCGUCGUCGUCAUCUUCUUCUCCUUCAUUUUCUACUUCAAAUGAUGAUGUCCGCGGGGAGUUCAAUUACUUAAGGACACAUGAAGAUACCAAAUUGAGCUUCUGGCUUACUUUAUGUCCAGGAUCGAGGGCUUCCAUUAAUUUCACCUUAGCACAGUAUCCGCUGUUGCAGGGCAAGAGUUUGGACUCCUCAUCAGGAAAGUGCAUAAAUGGGAGCCCGUGUCAUCCCCUGCCCCUCCCACCAGGUUCUCCUACUAUUCCUUCGCAGUGUCUUGAGUCAAAAUGGAAGAAAGGAAGACUUUUGGGAAGAGGAACUUUUGGGCACGUUUAUAGUGGAUUCAAUAGUGAAAAUGGACAAAUGUGUGCAAUAAAGGAAGUCCGGGUCAUAUCUGAUGAUCACACUUCUAGAGAAUGUCUCAAGCAACUGAACCAGGAGAUUGCAUUGCUUAGUCAGCUCUCGCAUCCAAACAUUGUUCAAUAUUAUGGAAGUGAAUUGGGAAGAGACAACCUCUCAGUGUUCUUGGAGUAUGUUUCGGGAGGCUCAAUCCUCAAAUUGCUCAGGGAAUAUGGCCCCUUCAAGGAGCCUGUUAUCCAAAGUUAUACCAGGCAAAUUCUUUCUGGGAUAGCCUACUUACAUGGAAGGAAUACAGUGCACAGAGAUAUCAAAGGGGCAAACAUACUAGUAGAUCCUAAUGGCGAAAUUAAGCUGGUUGAUUUUGGUUUGGCCAAACAUAUGAGUUCAUGUGCUUCAAUGCUUUCUUUUAGAGGAAGCCCUUAUUGGAUGGCACCAGAGGUUAUAUCAAAUACAAGUGGAUGCAGUCUCGCUGUGGAUAUAUGGAGUCUAGGGUGCACAGUUAUUGAGAUGGCAACAUCAAAACCGCCAUGGAGUCAGUAUGAGGGGGUAGCGGCAAUAUUUAAGAUUGCAAACAGCCAUGAUUUCCCUGAAAUCCCCAAUCACCUCUCAGACAAUGGAAAAAGUUUUGUGAAAUUAUGCCUGCAGAGGGAUCCAUCUGCUCGUCCCACAGCCGCACAGCUAUUGCAUCACCCAUUUAUCCAAGAGCAAGAGAGAAAAAGAGUGGGAAAACACAAUUUCCUUGAUGAUGCCCACCCUCCUGCCUUGGAUGCAGGCCAUUCAACGCUAGCUUCUUGUGUUUGUUCCACUAAAAUGACUACUUCUCUAUGCGAUGGAGAUCUUGGGAAGAAACAAAGCAAGGUUGCAUAUUUAAGAGCUUCAAAGAGCUCCCGAGUUUAAUGAAUAAAUCACGUCUUCUACAAUCAAUACAAAAAUGUAAACCAGCAGAGCGGAGUUAAAUCUGCUUUUUCGUCCAUAUCAUCAUCGUCAUUGUCAUUAUACUAACGGGACAAAACAGUUUUGCUCUUAUCACCUUGGCUUGGCAAGAGAUGCACAUGUUGGCAAGAUUACUACAUUGAGUUGUACAAGUCAUUGGAAGUAACUUCAUAACAUAUUUUGUGACCAAUGUCUUCACCUUCAAUACAAAAAUACAAACCAGCAUAGCAGAGUUCAAUGCCCUCAUCAUCAUCAUCAUUAUACUAAUGGGACAAAACAGUUUUGGCCUUGUCGCCUUGGCAAGACAUACACAUGUUCACAAAAUGAUGAAGCAUCAAAAGAAGUUCUCCUUGGACCAUGCUUGAAUUUAAAAUGGGCUGGCUUUGCUUCCAUAAUGCAUCAUUAUAGAGGGUUGUACUGCCUAUUUCAAGAAUGAACUUGAUAAGGUGCAAAAGAGGAAUGGAGCCGAUCAUCUGAUGAGGGAAACAGACAGAAGCUGGUUGGGUACAUGACUACUGAAAUUCUGAUGCUGCUGAAACCUAUGUUCCCAGCUUUUACACGUAUAAUGAUCAUUACGCAGGCCAAAAGUGAAUGGAAAGAGAGCUGAUUUUGUUCUCAACUCCAUGUACUAUGUACGUAGAAGAUGGCACAUUAGCAAGCUUCUGCGCUUGUUUUUCACUUGGAAAGGAUGUCAAGGUGCCCAUGUCUUGUGUCCAUUUUACUCUGUAUUGGUGUACUUUUUGUAGCUGUUAGUAACAUGCUAAUUGUAUUUACAAUUUAGGAGUCAAAAAGAGUGAUCACACCUCUAUAUGUUUAUGUGAUUUGACUUUCACAAA